AUGGAAAGCAAGAAGCCGCUCACUCUUCAAACAGAACUGGGCGCAUUCGGCGGGGAGGCCUUCUACAAGACCCAGUUGGAGCUCGCCAACAAGGAGAAGGCUCAACUGCAAGAGCGUCUUCGCGAGGUAGAAACGAAGAAUGCCUUCUUGCUUAAAUCUCUCUUCGAGCUGUCAGUGGCCCCCCCAGGCACUACCGCGGCCAAGGCCAUGCCCCUCGACAUCGUCACCGCUCUCAAAAAAAUGUCCCUACCCGCCGAGCAACCUCCCGGUCUCUCCGGAAAGGGCUCUGCAUACCGUCGCACAGCCCCACUAGAUCGGGUAUCGAUGGAAGCCUCAUUUUCAGGAGUCGGUGGGCACAUCAACACCAAUUUCACCCCGUUCCGGUAUCGCGGUGAGCUCAAAGGACACGCCUCGGCCGUAUACACAAUCCAGUACUCCCCGAGCGGCCAGCUGCUGGCCUCCACAUCAUUCGAUCGCCGUCUGUGCAUCUGGUCUAUGGAUAGAUUUCUGGAAAAGAGCAAUUAUGCUCCCAAACUUUCCAUUUCUGACGCCCACCGCGGUCCUUGCGUCGCCGUCGAGUGGGGCUCGCAUUCUGCUCGAGUCGUCACCGGGGGCUUGGACCAGUCGGCUGCCGUAUGGGACGUUGACUCGGCGCGCUACGACCCUGUCUCGCGCUACCUGUGCAACGGCUUGGUGAAUUCUGUCAGCAUUUCGCCUGCAAACGAUGAGCUCUUUCUCGUUGGUACUUCGAGAAAUUCUGUUCAUCUGUUCGAUAGACGUGUGGAACCAGAGGCCUCGGGAGCUCCGUGGGGCCGACACACGCUUGUUGACAAUGACUGCCCCGUCAACUCGAUACACGUGACACUAGACGGCAACCGAGUGAUUACGGGCGAUCAUGGUGGUGCCAUCAAGACUUAUGACUUGCGCAAAGUCGGGCCAGGCAAGUCGAGCGACGUCGGGGCGCGUUCUUGCUCUUUGACGGACGUGACGUACAACGACGCGAACCAUCGCCCCAUUACGCACGUGCACACAUCGCCGCCGACGUCUGUGGAGGACUACGGGCGGUUCAUGGCUGUGAACUCGUACGACAAUUUCCUGCGGGUGUACGACCGAGGGUCGUCGCUUCUCAAGGGAGAAAAACCUGAGCUGAAGGCCGUGCACGCACUGUCGGGGAUCAAGAACACGCACUGGCCGAUAAAGUCGAGCUUUUUCAUGGGCUCUGACUACCGGCCGCCAAGCAGCGGCUCCAAGCAUCGCAGGCAACGGCGGGCGCGAGAGUCGAGCAAGGCGUCAACGACGAGCGCGGAAGGGCGCGGGGUGGAAGAUGAGGACCGAUAUGCGUCGUCGUCAGAGGGCGGGGACGAGCUUUCGUAUAGCAGCUCGAGCGAGGCCGCGGAGAACGAGGCGGUGGAUGAGGAAGAGGCGGAUGAGGCGGGGACAACGAUCGGCGGACCGAUCCAGAACUCGCUGAUUCUGGCGUCGGGAAGCGCGGACGGAAAUAUAUGUUUGUUCGAUGUCGGGGGCAGACCGGGGACUGGGGCGCUGUUGCAGACGUUGGAGGGGCAUAAGGAUCGGGUGUAUGGUGUGGACUUUCAUCCGAAUGAGCCGAUAUUGGCGUCGUGUAGCGCGGAUUGCGGGAUCAAGAUUUGGCAGUCGUUUCGGUAACGGCCGCUGAGCCAGGAGAGCUGAAGAUCUUGUCUGGUGUAGUGUCUAUUGGACCUUUGUUCUGAUAUGAGGACAUUAUUUGAGCUAUUUUGUUCUUGACUUGCGCUUCCUCGACAAGAAAAAAAAGAUACCCCCGCCACCGUACUUGACUUCUGACUUUGGGACAGAAAGAACUUUGUGAGGGUUGCAUGUUCUUCCUCGUCAUUUUCAGAUAUGUCUGGAAAAGAAGCUUUUUUAAACCACCUUAAACCCGCAUGUAAAAUAACUUCGAAACCGAAGCCGCCAGUUUAAAAGG